AUGUCUUUACAAAAUAUCGAGUUCGAUAAACAUGGCGAUAUUAAACUUCGUGUUGGCAAAACAGACCCUGUCACCUUUACAGCCUGUUCAAGGGCGUUGGCAAGAACAUCGCCAGUUUUCGAGCGCAUGCUUUAUGGGGGUUUUAUAGAAUCCAAAAAACCAGAUGACGAGGAGUGGGUUGUGAGCCUUCCCGAAGAUAAGGCAACGGCAAUGGCCCUCUUUUUGCACAUAUCACACGGUCAAUUCGAUCGCAUCCCAAGAACGCUAUCGAUGGAUGACCUUUACGACCUUACAGUACUGUCAAAUUACUAUGAUGGCACACGAAUGUUGGAACCUUGGAUAGAGAGAUGGAUGGACUCAAUAGAAAAUAACGCAAAACAGUCCAAGGAAGCCAUGACCAAAUAUCUUUGGAUUACAUUUGAGUUUGGAUAUAAAGACUCUUUUGCAAGGAUGGCAAGACAUAUGGUUAUGGAAUCCGAAGGUUCUGAGGACGCAAAUCUCCAAAUGGUACCUGACAUUGUUGGGACGGAUAGGAACAUUCCCCCAGCACCUACUCAGGGUUCAGUUUUGGGUCUUCUCCGAACAUCUGUUCUUACUCAGUGGGCUGAUACGUAUGCUAUCUUUACCAAGUCUACCUCUGGCAACGGUGAAUAUCAAGCCUCACCAAACACCUUGGUCAUUAGCGCCAGUGGCCAAAUCACCAUCAAUGGCAAUGCCAUUACCUCGCCACAGUUUGUUAUCGGAACCAUCCUCCAGUGGACCUCUGACUCAGGCAAUUCCACCUCUGGCAAAUUGUGGAUGUCGAACAACACCACUACCAGCCCUUUAAACUCGGCUACUGGCAAUCUGUUCUGUGGUUCCAUAUUGUACAUGGCAUUUCUGCCGCCAAAACAUGUGGAUCGUUACGGCUUUGCCAAUAGCCCCAGCAGUCCCGAUGAUCCCGACAAUGAGACUCGGAUGAAUCAAAUGCUACGGCAUGAAAAAAUGGGCUGUUGUCGACAGCAUUGGAAACCAAUCCCUCCAGAUAUACUUUGA